GUGGAAAAGCUAGGGUGCAGAGCUUGGGGGGGAAGUGGUACACUCAUUGUCAAGGAUGAUUACACAUGGAACCGUGUCUAUUUCCUGAAGCACAAAUCAGACGCAGCUGAGGCAUUCGAGAGAUACCUUGCCGAAAACCGGGCAAACGGUGCCCCGUCCGAUGUCAUGGUCGUGAGAUCUGACAACGGAGGAGAGUUCUUUGAGGGAGAGUUCGGCAGGGUGUGCCGGAAGUACUGCAUCAAACAGGAGUUCACCCCCGCACACAGCCCAGAAUACAACGGUGUAGCUGAGAGAGCACUGGGUCUUAUCAAAGAUGCAGCACUAACCUCCCGUAUCCAAGCGCCAACUCUUUACCCCGGAGCACCGAACUACCCAUCCCUUUGGGCCGAGGCCAUAGCUUGGUCAUGCAACGCCCUGAACUGCACCUCCACCACAUCCAACCCAGAGAAGAAGUCGCCGUACGAGAUGUGGCACGGGCAACCUCCCCCGCCGGGGGCGACGUACCCGAUCCUCAAACCUGCCGUAUACAAGGUCAAGCGCACGCACAAGUCCGAGGCGAAAGCCCAAACGUGUUCUUACUUCGGCCCGGGAAUCAACACCAACCGUGAUUGCGUGCGCAUCCUGAACGAAGAACGCCGAGCGAUCACAACUCGCAACUUCACCUGGCAAUCCGUGCCCGUUGCCCCCACCGCCCCGCCUUACCCCCGGGGCCCGCGUGGCGCCCCCUUGAGCAGGGAGGGCGCGAGCGUCGCCCCAUCUACCACGUCGGCCGGCAUGCCCGAUGUGGCCGGCGGCGAGGACGACCGCAGCAGCAGCAGCCGCGGUAGCGGCGGCAGCGGCAACGGCAGCAACAGCGGCAGCAACAGCGGCAGCGGCAGCGACAGCGACAGCGACAGCGACAGCGACAGCGAGACGGAUCUCCCGGCGCUCCGCGGGCCAGAGGCCCGGCGGCUCGCCUGCUUCGACAAGCCGGCGGAACUCACCAGCCGCCGCACCAGGGAGAACCCUCGCCGAAACCCGAGGUACGCGUCGCCCCCGUCGCCGACAAGUGCCGAAGCCCUGCUCGCCCCGGUGGCGAGACUGCCCGUCAGCAGCACGGAGGAGUUCACCGGCUGGAUGCUCUCGGCGGUACUUCACGUGGCGGAAGGGCUAGCGGCGAGGGCGGUGGGAGAGUUGCUGUUCGAGCGCGCGGAGGAGGCCCAUGCUGCGCGCCAAGAGGCGGAGGGCUACCUGCUGGGUGCGGUGGACCUCAUGCUCAACUCGCCAGACGCCUUCGAGACGGCUCUGGCGUCCCACGAGCUAAGUGAAUCCCCCAUAGGCAAGCGUCCGAGUGAUGUAGAAGCCCCACCCAUGACUGUAGCCGGCGUUGCCAAGUCUGUUUACCGAGAGGGGUGGGAACAGGCCAUGAGGGAAGAGUUUGAAGGGCACUUGGGCACGGGGACGUUUUCAUUCGUAGACGGUGCGCCAGAGGGGCGCAGGCCUGUGAGCUCAAAGUGGUGUUUUAGUUGGAAGACCAACAAGGAGGGGAAGAUAAACAAGUUCAAAGCGCGUCUGGUUGCUAGGAGGUUUUCGCAAAUCCCGAACGUCGAUUAUUCCCAUUCGUCUUCCCCUUGCCCAUCAUCCGCAUGCAUUGAACUGACGCUUGCGGUAGCAAACGAGAAGGGCAUGAACCUCGAUCACUGGGAUGUGAAGCAGGCGCACACACACGCCACGCUAGACGAGGAGGCCAUAGCUUGGGCAUGCAACAACCUGAACUGCACCUCCACCCCAUCCAACCCAGAGAACAAAUCGCCGGAGGAGAUGUGGCACGGGCACCCUCCCCCGCCGGGGGCGACGUACCCGUUCCUCAAACCUGCCGUAUUCAAGGUCAAGCGCACGCACAAAUCCGAGCCGAAAGCCCAAAAGUGUUUCAACAACAACCGUAAUUACGUGCGCAUCUUGAACGAAAAACGCCCAAGCGAUCCCAAUUCGCAACUUCACCUGGCAAUCCUUACCCGCUGCCCCCACUGCCCUGCCCCAGUCGCUGCCUCCCAUCGCAGAGGAGGAAGAGGAAUUCGCGACUGGGGAGGACGAGGCUGGGAGGGCGCGUCGAGCCAAGGUGGAGGGAGGACGGAGGGAGAACCUGUGGAUGGAGAACCAGGUUUCAAUCUUGGCACGACGGCAGCCUCGGGGCUUGCGGGGCCGCCCGCGCGCGUAGCGACGGCGGCGCCGCCGGCCGCACCCCAGGAGUCGGGCGCGGGCAACGUUGGCGAUGGCGCCCCCUCGAGCAGGGAGGGCGCCAGCGUCGCCUCAUCUACCACCUCGACCGGCACGGCCGAUGUGGGCGGCGGCGAGGACGACCGCAGCAGCAGCAGAAUCCGCGGUAGCGGCGGCAGCGACAGCGACAGCAGCAGCGCCGGCAGCAGCGGCGAUGACGGCGGCAGCGACAGCGGCAGCGGCAGCGACAGCGAGACGGAUCUCCCGGCACUCCGUGGGCCAGAGGCCCGGCGGCUCGCCCGCUUCGAUAAGCCGGCGGAACUAACCAGCCGUCGCACCAGGGAGAGCCCUCGCCGAAACCCGAGGCACGAGUCGCCCCCGUCGCCGACAAGUGCCGAAGCCCUGCUCGCCUCGGCAGCUAGCCUGUCCGUCAGCAGCACGGAGGAGUUCACCAGCUUGAUUCUCUCGGCGGUACUUCACGUGGCGGAAGGGCUGCAGGCAAGGACGGUGCGAGAGUUGCUGUUCGAGCGCGCGGAGGAGGCCCACGCUGCGCUUCAAGAGACGGAGGACUUCCUGCCGGGUGCGGUGGACCUCAUGCUCAACUCGCCAGACGCCUUCGAGACGGCUUUGGCGUCCCACGAGCUAAGUGAAUCCCCCAUUGGCAAGCGUCCGAGUCAUGUGGAACCCCCCCCCAUGACCGUAGCCGGCGUUGUCAAGUGUGUGUACAUAGAGGGGUGGGAACAGGCCAUGAGGGAAGAGUUUGAAGGGGUGUUUUCGCAAAUCCCGAACGUCGAUUAUUUCCAUUCGUCUUCCCUCUGCCCAUCAUCCGCAUCCAUUAAGCUGAUGCUUGCGGUAGCAAACGAGAUGGGCAUGAACCUCAAUCACUGGGAUGUGAAGCAGGCGUACACACACGCCACGCUAGACGAGGAGGUUUUUGUGAGGCUCCCCGCUGGGUGCGGGGACAAAUUGCAUAGUGUUAUUAAGGCUGAGAAGGCGAUUUACGGUCUUAAGCAGAGCGAUAGGCAGUGGGGGUACCACGCUGCUGAUACGCUAGUCGAGAAUGGGUUCGAGCGGUGCAUGGCGGACCCGUGCGUUUUCCGCAAGAUGUUCGACGAAGUCGUGGUGAUGAUUAUCGUGAUCUACGUGGAUGACAUUUUGGUGGCUGGGUCUGACGAGGAUUGCAAGGAGUUGCUUGAUUCUCUCAACGAGAAAUUCCCCAACGAAAAUCUGGGAGAGUACGAAUGGUUUGGCGGAUGUGCCAUUGAGAGAGAUGUAGAGGCUGGGACUCUAAAAAUCUCGCAAACCGCGUACAUCGACAGCAUGGUGAAAUGCUUUGAUGUACAAUCGCCCUCCCGCAUCCCUGCUUCCCCUAAUGUCGACCUAGGGCCGAAGCGAGAUGACGAGAAGCUAGGGGAGUGGUCGGUGAGAGAGGCCAUCGGUAGCAUGAUGUCGGCGAGGAGAACCGACAGUGAAUGUCGCGUGGAGUGGAUUUUUUUCACCGCUGAUUCAUUCAAUCUGUACUCUCGCGUCAACAACGGACUCGCGAUGUUCUGCCUUUGGAAUAGGCCUGAAGACGGCGGGUAA